UUGGAAACCUGCCUGAAAAACAGUUUUCUUAGGAGGAACCUUUCAUAGUUAUUAUGGGUAACACAUGAGUACAUACAUGUUUAACCUUCACAAACCUGUGUUUUUCUGAUCAGUUCAUGCCACCAUUUCUAGUCUCUAUUUCUAAUGGCUGAUGUCCAGACGCACCGGCAUCCACUGCUGAGGCCAGUUUCCCAUUAACCCAAAUUCAUAUCAGCUGCUCAGCACGAGCAAGAAAUAAAAUGUGACACACCCAGAUAUGAAACUGACGUUCAGCGAAUAUCAAUACAGAUAAACUAAGCUCCAUGUUAGACUCCAUGCUUCUGUAGUAUUCAGAGAGUGCCAUGCAGGAAGGAGAGGAGAGGAAGUGAGGCGAUGGGCUGCACCUCAGCCAAGCAGUUGUCAUCUGUACCCAGUGAUGACGAGGGCCGGGGUAAGGCCUACAGCAACGGAGAUGCCUUCUCCGAUGAGUACAAACUGAAAGGAGUUGAGAAGGUGAAGUACAUGCAUGGAGAAGAGGAGCGCACGAACACACGAAACCAAGAGAACUUGGAAAAGAGCACAUUUUUGCACAAGGGCAGGCAUAAAGAUGCCACCGGGAAUAGUAAUAAGAUAAGCGUCCACUCUUCAGAGAGCCAGCAGGACUUCUUCAGGAUGCUGGAUGAGAAGAUUGAAAAGGGACGGGACUACUGCUCGGAGGAUGAGGAUAUGACAUAGCAUGCUGAGACGUUUGACUCGCGCCACCAUUGAGUCACUCCUGUCCCAAAGUUCCUUGUGCUUACUUUCCAUGCCUCCUUACCCAACAAGUAUUAAUCUUCAAGAGCGUGGGGUCAAGUGACAUUCAGCCCUGUUAUCCACUCUGUUUACAAUCUACACAUUCUCCCAAAUGUCUUACAGGUCAGUUUUUGAGACUCUUGAGGACUCGUAUUUAACCAGCAGGAUGGGGGAGGGGGGCAUGGAAAUCCCAUGGUUAAGGAGACUGGGAUUUGGCCCAAGUUUUGAAUGGGAAAGCCAUUUUCAGACUGUUCCUCAGUCCCUUGCCUUACACUACCCAUAAGCCUUCUCCUACUCAUAGACUACAUUCAGUGGAGAGAGCCGUGCAGAGAUUCCUGGAUUUCGCUCUUCCUUUGACAAAGACACUACACAUGGUGAACCAGCGGUGGAGAUGAUAUCUCCAUAGGAGGACUUACUUACCAAGAGACUUAACGUGAUUUUGUCUAGGUCAUGCUGUUAAGACACAGGAAGUGAAAGCAUUCGAACACAAACACAAGGCCAUCUCUAGCAUUCCAAUUGUUUUUUUUAACAACGUGAGCAAGUAUUUUUCACCCACAGUGUAUUGUGUGUCUUUUUUUACCUUUUUAUUUGAGUUAUGUUACAUUGCUCAGGACAGCAGUGCUGUAUGUAUCAUCACUAGAUUUUUUUGUUUGAUGAGGGCAGUGCAGUUCCUUCAAGGCCGGUCUUGAGGAAGUGUUGGGCAGUGGAGAUAGAUCACAGCAUCUAGCCGUGUUUAGAGACACCAGUUACAGUAUCUUAAAGUCAUGUAGUUUUCAGAUAACUCAUUUUAUUCUAUACAACAGGUGGAUAUCAUACGUUCGCUUGGCAUUUAUAGUCACUAUUCUUGAGUUGAAAACCAGUACGAGUUUAAAAACCAGCCUUCAGAAAGUUUUACAUGGAUACGUUUUUAUUACUAGGAAGUGCUUCUUCCUUUUACAGUGUGACAGUUAUUUGCCAUAGCCUUAAGCGCACAGUGCUUUCUUUUCUGAAAUGAGAGACAACAGUAAGCCAUUAAUUUUACACUAAAGUGAACCGUAUCCCACAUGUAUGCUUAAGUUCUCUAUGUACACAGAUGGGCCAAACAAUAUUGCCAAAAAUGCAAGUGUGAUGCUGAGUGAAAGAAUAAAUAAAUACAUAAUGACCAGUUAACCAAGGAAAAGCAAAGGCAUUUGGUUUAUUGAUGGUUCAUUGAUUGUCCAGCUAUGUUCUUUGGAAUUAUUCCAUUCUUUUUUACUCACAAUUUUUGGAAUCACAACUUUUUUGGAAUCGGGUUAUAUAUAUAUAUAUAUAUAUAUAUAUAUAUAUAUAUAUAUACAAAAAAGUUGGGGAUACUGUAUAAAUUGUGAGUAAAAAAGGAAUGGAAUAGUUUACAAAUCUCAUAAACGUAUUUUAUUUACAGUAAAAUAUAGAUAACAUAUUAAAUGUUGAAAUUGAGGCAUUUUUAAACGUUAUGCCAAAUAUUGGCUCAUUUUGGAUUUCAUGAGAGCUACACAUUCCAAAAAAGUUGGGACAGGUAGCAAUAAGAGGCCGAAAAGUUAAAUGUACGUAUAAGGAACAGCUGGAGAACCAAUUUGCAACUUAUUAGGUCAAUUGGCAACAUGAUUGGGUAUAAAGAGAGCCACUCAGAGUGGUAGUGUCUCUCAGAAGUCAAGAUGGGAAGAGGAUCACCAAUUCCCCCAAUGCUGCGGUGAAAAAUAGUGGAGCAAUAUCAGAAAGAGCAAUCAGAGGAGUUUCUCAGAGAUAAAUUGCAAAGAGUUUGAAGUUAUCAUCAUCUACAGUGCAUCUGAAACCAUUUCUGUGCGUAAGAGUCAAGGCCGGAAAACCAUACUGGAUGCCUGUGAUCUUCGGGCCCUUAGACGGCAUUGCAUCACAUACAGGAAUGCUAGUGUAAUGAAAAUCACAACACGGGCUCAGGAAUACUUUCAGAAAACAUUGUUUGUGAACAUAAUCCACCGUGCCAUUCGCCGUUACUGGCUAAAACUCUAUAGGUCAAAAAAGAAGCCAUAUCUAAACAUGAUCCAGAAGCACAAUCAUUUUCUCUGGGCCAAGGCUUAUUUAAAAUGGACUGUGGCAAAGUGGAAAACUGUUCUGUGGUCAAACGAAUCAAAAUUUGAAGUUCUUUUUGUAAAACUGGGACGUCAUCCGGACUAAAGAGGACAACCCAAGUUGUUAUCAGCGCUCAGUUCAGAAGCCUGCAUCUCUGAUGGUAUGAGGUUGCAUGAGUGUGUGUGGCAUGGGCAGCUUACACAUCUGGAAAGGCACCAUCAAUGCUGGAAGGUAUAUCCAAGUUCUAGAACAACAUAUGUUCCCAUCCAGACAUUGUCUCUUUCAGGGAAGACCUUGCAUUUUCCAACAUGACAAUGCCAGACCACAUACUGCAUCAAUCACAACCUCAUGGCUGCGUAGAAGGAGGAUCCGGAUACUUACAUGGCCAGCCUGCAGUCCAGAUCUUUCACCCAUUGAAAACAUUUGGUGCAUCAUAAAGAGGAAGAUGCGACAAAGAAGACAUAAGACAGUUGAGCAGCUAGAAGUCUGUAUUAGACAAGAAUGGGACAACAUUCCUAUUUCUAAACUUUUGCAACUUGUCUAUUCAGUCCCCAGACGUUUGCAGACUGUUAUAAAAAGAAGAGGGGAUGCCACACAGUGGUCUUUUUAUUUUCCCAUUUAUCAAAGAAUCCUGAAAAAAGGUUCAGUUUCCACAGAAAACACUAAGCAGCACAUAUAAAAGUGAUACGUUUUUUUUAUGUGACACGGAAUGAGUAAUCAUGCUAAAAAUUUAGCUUUGCAUCACAGGAAUAAUUUACAUUUUACAAAGUAUUAAAAUAGCAGUUAUUUUCAAUUUCAAUAAUAUUUCACAAUAUUACUGCGUAUUCUGAUCAAAUAAAUUCAGUCUCUGUGAACAGUCUAGGCUUGUGUUUACAUGUUGUGAGCCAUAUUUUGGUGCUGGUCUUACUUAUGAUGCUGUAAGAAGUUCCAGUGUGGUCAGUCUGUGCAGCACACCUGCAUAUUGUCCUGUAACUGUGGCAAUAUCAAAACGAUAUGUGUGUCAAAUGCCUGCUUGUCCGCUUGCACUUCUGUCUCUCAGCGCUGGUCAGUUAAUUCUCAGCACAUAGAGACUCUUUCACCUAGAUAUCACACUUUAGAGAAUGUGUUUGUUCCCAGAACUAGAAAAUACAAAAAACUUCCAAACCAAUUGCAGAGUAUCAAUUCAAUCGAGGUUCAACAAAUAAAUAACAGAUGCAAUACGGAUAAACAAAUGAUAAGCUUGGUUUAUUGAAUAUCAGGUCCCUUUCUACGAAAGCAAUUUUUGUAAAUGAUAUGAUCACUGAUCAUAACCUAGAUGUGCUCUGGUGCUUCAUAUAACCUUAUCCAGAGAAACAAGUGUUAAUGAUAAAUCCCCUGUGAUGUUUGUAAUGGCUACUGUAUACAGGCAACCAGGGCACCAUACAGUUUAUUAAAGAAUUUGCUGAUUUUAUAUCAGAGUUAGUGCUGGCUGCAGAUAGGGUUUUAAUUGUUGGUGAUUUUAAUAUCCAUGUUGAUAAUGAAAGAGAUGUAUUGGGAUCAGCAUUUAUAGACAUUCUGAACUAUAUUGGGGAGCACAGCUGGAGGAAAACAAAACUAGAGGUAUUUUGUAUUGCUUGGCGGGAAAGUAACUUGUCCUACGGAAAAGUAUUAAAAACUGCUGGAUCUGAUUACUUUUCAUCUCUUUUAUAAGAAAAAAAACAUAACCCAAGGUAUUUAUAAAAUACAGUGACUAAAUUUACAAAAAAUAAAGCAUCAACAAGUGUUGACAUUUCCCAACAGCACAGGAGUAAUGACUUUAUGAACUACUUUACUUCUAAGGCCCCGUCCACACGGAGAAGGAGCUUACCCCAAUUCGAUCUGUUUUUUCCUCGUCUCAAGAAAUAUCCACGUCCACACGAAACCGCAAAAUGAUGUAGUAUACAUGCCAAACCAGUAUGUGGCGCUGUAAUUCUGACACAGAGAUACACUAAAAACAGAGAAGAAAACUUGGACUAUGCUCAUAAACCUUGCGCGUGGUACACAAUCGAACAUGGAAUAAUACAUUUAUUAAUCUGUGCUAAUGUUAGUUAAUAAAAAGACAAUCGUUCAGUGUUUGUUCAUGUUUUUGUUGCUGUUACGUGACGUAGAGGUGUCUGACUAGGGGGGAGACGUGGGCUGAUGACGUCAUCGUUUAUGAAAAUAUACGGAUUAGCCAUCCAGACGAAAACGCAAAGACGGCGUUUUCAAAUGUAUCCACUUUGGGACCCGGUUUCAAAAAAUAGCGGUUUCACCUUACGAAAACGCCGGAUGCGGUGGAUGAAACGCCUAUCCGAUAAAAAAUUUGUGCGUAUUCACAGAAACGCGUCUCCGUGUGGACGGGGCCCAAGAUCGAUACUAUUAGAGAUAAAAUUGCAACCAUUCAGCCGUCAGCUACAGUAUCACAUCAGACAGUGCACUAUAGACCCCCUGAGGAACAGUUCCACUCAUUCUCUACAAUAGGAGAGGAAGAAUUGUAUAAACUUGUUAAAUCAUCUAAACCAACAACAUGUAUGUUAGACCCUAUUCCAUCCAAGCUCAUAAAAGAGGUGCUUCCAGAAGACAUAGAUCCUCUUAUUUAUUCCUCAUUGUCAUUAGGAUAUGUCCCCAAAACCUUCAAACUGGCUGUUAUUAAGCCUCUCAUCAAAAAAACACAACUUUACCCCAAAGAACUAGUUCAUUAUAGAACGAUCUGGAAUCUCCUUUUUCUCUGUCCAAGAUACAAGAAAAUUUAGUAUCCUCACAAUUAUAUUCCUUCUUACAGAAAAAUAGUAUGUGUGAGGAUUUCCAGUCAGGAUUUAGACCAUAUCAUAGUACUGAGACUGCUUUCCUGCUCUUAUCAUCUGAUUGUGGUUGUAUCUUUCUAUUAGUGCUAUUGGAUCUUAGCAAUGCGUUCAACACUAUUGACCACAACAUUUUUUUGCACAGACUAGAAAACUUUUUUGGCAUUAAUGGAAGUGCAUUAUCAUGUCUUAAAUUGUGUUUAUAUGACUGCCAUCAAUUUGUAGCAGUGAAUGAAGAGGUAUCAUAUCGAUCACAAGUGCAGUAUGGAGUACCUCAAGGCUCAGUACUAGGGCCGUUACUCUUUAUGCAUUACAUGUUACCUUUGGGGAGAUAUCACCAGGAAACACGGUGUUAGCUUUCACUUUUAUGCUGAUUAUACCCAGCUCUAUAUUUCUUUGCAGCCCGACGAAACAUACCAAUUUUAAAAACUAAAGGAAUGCAUAGUAGAUAUAAAAAUCUGCAUGACGAGUAAUUUCUUACUGCUUAAUUCUGAAAAAACAGAGGUGUUAAUUAUAGGACCUAAAAACUCUUCGAUUGGGAGUCCGACUCUCUAACCAUUAGGCCACGACUUCCCCAACACACCUGAUGUACUUGCUACAUCAUUAGAAGAAUGGCAUCAAUGCUAAUAUUAGUCUGUUUCUCUCUUAUCCCGAGGUCACCGUAGCCACCAGAUCCAGUCUGUAUCCAAUUCAGAGGGUCACUGCAGUCACCCGGAUCCAGUAUUUAUCCAGACCAGAUGCUGGUUCAGCACCUUCAAAGGACCUCUAUAGCCCUGAAAGACAGCGGAGACCAGGACAAUUAGAGCCCCAGAUACAGAUCCCCUGUAAAAGACCUUGUCUAUGACAACCACCGGGACAAGACCACAGGAAACAGUUGAUUCUUCUGCACAAUCUGACUUUGCUGCAGCCUGGAAUUGAACUCCUGGUUUCGUCUGGUCAGAGGAGAACUGGCCCCCGACUGAGCCUCGUUUCUCCCAAGGUUUUUUCUCCAUUCUGUCACAGAUGGAGUUUUGGCUUCUUGCCGCUGUCAUCUCUGGCUUGUUUAGUUGGGGACAUUUCUUCCUUUAGUUGUCGCUCUCUAUUUCUCUCCAAAAAAUGUCACAAGCCUGUUGUGACUAUCUAUUGAUGGACUGCAGUUGACGUCACUUAAUCCACAUUUUUGUCAAGGAUUUCAAGUAAUAUAAUCAUUUACAGUAAUAUUGUUGACUUGAUUGCAAAUAUACUAUUUAAACUGAACUGAGCUGCAUGAUAAUAUAAUUGAAUUCAAUGAUGAACUGCCUUUAAAUGUCAUUUUACAUUAUUGACACACUGUUUUCCUAAUUAAUGUUGUUCAGUUGCUUUGACUCAAUCUGUUUUGUUUAAAGCGCUAUAUAAAUAAAGGUGACUUGACUUGA